GCGAUUGGUACUGCGUCAGAUUGCCGGCAUAGUUAACAGUGUGAACAACAAUAUAGAGAAAUAAUUCUAGUUGUAAAAUUUAGGUUUUGAACUUUCAUCACAAGAUAAAAAGUGUAUUUUCAUAAAGCAAAGUUUAAUUUGUGCAAUUUUAUUAAAUUUAUAAGCAAAUUCUAAUAACUAUAUAAUUCCCAAUUUACAAACGAGCAUUCCCAUUAAAGUUGUAAAAAUGGUGAAAAUAAUAACCAUCCUUAUGUUUUAUGCCCUGCUUAUGAUGACGAUUGGUUCAAUUGAGUCCCGUCCUCAAAGCACUCUCGGCAACGAUCAGGAUCUAGAAAAUCUUGGACAGGAUGUCGAUGAAGUGCGAAAUAGCUAUUAUGAGUUUCCAGUGCCUGCUGCUUACUCUGCCGUUCCGUUCGAUCGUCUGCAAAUGUUAAUCGCACAAUAUAGACCCACAUCUUAUAUUCGCACACCUGGGUGGAGCAGCGGCAUGAACGAACUUUUCCGGAUGCCCGAGACAAAACGCCAAGUCAGAUAUCGUCAGUGCUACUUUAACCCUAUUUCUUGCUUUAAAAAAUAAACUGCUGGAUGAUGUAACUAUAACUACAAACUCCAAUACUAAUGACGAAACUUUCUUACUUAAAUACAUAUAUGUAUAUACAUAUAUAUAUGUACCAUCUUGAAAUUUGUAAAUAUAUGUAAAACACUAAUAACGAUAAUGUUUAAAAUAUUAGGUGGUUAGCUAUUUAAAAAGUCACUUAGAAUCAACAUUUCAAACGGAAAACUUCUUUGCUCCUACUAACUAUACAAUUCAUAUAUGCACAUCGUAAUAAAUACAUUUUUCUAUCUUCUAUCACAUAUUAACUAAUGUUGAGUGUCAUAAAAAUGUAUCCCGAAAUAUAUCUAAAUGUAUAUAAGUGCAUUAUUAUAGUAGACAGAUAUUAAUAAUCAAAAUAUACUUCUCAAGUACUCAUUUUUUCUUUUUAUUUUAAGAAAAAAUAAAGAGAAAUAGUGUAUGUAGAUAAUAAAUUACUAAAUAAAUAAUUAUUACCUCAAAGCCCA